UGGAGGGAGGUGCGCCUCAACAAGCAAAGCAAAAGUUUUAUACUUCUGCUUUAUACUUUUCGUUCAUGUUGACUCCACGACGCGUGGACCGUUAAAUCGUUCUCACGAUGGAGACCACAGUGGGAUACGCGCUAAGAAAAGUUUAUGUUUAUGUUUCAGCUGUGGCUAUGAUAUUGUUUGCGAUCGUGCAACUAUCCGCGUUGAAACUCCUGUCAAUCAUUUCCCCGGGACUGAUGAAGAAAAUCCAUCUAAAAAUGGGAGAGAAGUUUACGAUGACUCAAAAUCCCAAAUUCAAAUACGAAGACUGGGGUCCGUCUUUCUUUUCUCUGGAGUUCAUUAAAACCGUGCUCUCGGUGAACUGGUGCUCGCUGGGCCUGGAGGCGUUUGAGGGGUUCUCUGCUCCAGACACAGCUGUAUUUACUCUGGACGGACAGAAAACGAGCAUUCGUCGUUUUCUUAAAGGUAACCGUCCACUGGUUCUGAGUUUUGGAAGUUGCACAUGACCCCCGUUUCUCUUCAAACUUGAUGAGUUUAAACAGCUUGUCAAGGACUUCAGUGAUGUGGCAGAUUUCCUCAUUGUUUACCUUGCUGAGGCACAUGCAACUGAUGGUUGGGCCUUUGUAAACAACGUCGAUAUCAGCGUUCACAAAAACCUGGAAGAGAGACUGGCUGCGGCCCAGAUCCUGGUCAAAGAAGACCCUCUCUGCCCUGUGGUAGUGGACGAGAUGACCAACAUCACUGCCAGCAAAUAUGGAGCCCUUCCUGAGAGGCUCUAUGUCAUUCAGAGUGGGAAAAUUAUCUUUCAGGGUGGCAUCGGACCUUGGGGGUACAACCCUGAAGAGGUUCGAAAAGUUCUGGAAAAAAUUGAAUAAAGGGGAAAAAAGAGUUUUAUCCAUGACUGCAUUUGUAUAUAUUUGCACUGAAAUUCUAGUGCCUGAACUCAUUUUUUGAGUCCCUGUGUUUGCUUGUGACAGAUACAGAUCAAACCAGCUGGUCUCUGUGUCUUGAUGUUUCAAACAGGGGGAUGUCAAUUGUAAGUGACGGCAAAAUAUUUUUAAUGGAAUAUACAACCAGUUUUUUUUGAACAUUUGAUUAUAAUACCAGCAUUGUAUUCAAAGACUAUGUGAACCCAACUAUCAGCAGAGGUUUUGAAGGGCAUUUGUGCAUUUCUGAUUUCUUUUUGUCUGAACUUGUGACUGUAAAUGAUGCUUACAGGGUAAAUCUGUGAACUGUAAACUGAUAAUCCAGUUAUUUGUUCUAAAAAGGAUUAAGGAGCACAGUGUUUUUAACAACUAUUUAAAUUAAAAGUCACAUUUUUAUUACAUAUAUCAUAUAAGAGUCAGUGUAUAUCCUUAAAUAAAUAAUGACUACUUAAUUUCA